CAAUUAACCAAGUUUCGAGUCUUGCUUCGUUCAAUGUAUUUAUUUACAAUGUUCGCUAAAUUAUAAGUAAUCGGAAUCAAGUCGAAUCUACUGGAAACAAGGUUAUCUGUCCAAAAAAUAAUUCGGAUUAAUAUAGGUAUUCCAAGUCACAGUUGGAUUUUAGAUAAGGAAGUUGUUAAAAUGUUUAACAAUACCGUGGAAAAGAUUCCCGAUUGAAGUUGUCGAUUAUUUCUUGCGUAUAAUCGCCUGUACGACCUGAACCGAGUUCCGAGAAGGGGAAAAAUGGCGGACAACGAUGUCAAUGGUGAUUCGGAUGAGGUGCAGCAGGAGAAAUCACAGAAAAGAGCAGCGAAAUAUGACAGUGGCGCGGCGGAUUUGGAAAAAGUCACGGAUUACGCGGAGGAGAAGGAAAUAUCUUCGUCUGACGGAUUCUCUUGCGCAUUGAGCUUGAUCGGUGACCGUAGAAAUAAAGAAGCAGCAGAGAAAAAAGCGAGAGAGAAGGAGUUGCUAAAAGUUCCAAUUAAAAAAGAAGAUGUUGAUCUCAUCAUAAAAGAGAUGGAAAUCAGUCGGAGCGUUGCAGAACAGACGCUCAGGGAACAUAGAGGGAAUGUUGUGGAAGCAUUGAUCACAUUGACGAAUUGAUUGUACAGUGGCAGCUACAGUUGGAGCAAACAGUUCACAGAAAUCUCAAUUCCAUUGUAAAUUAUACAGUGUUAGGAAUUGUUAUGACUUUGAGUUAUUAAUAUUUAUUCGUACAUAUUACAAAAUAUAUUCUAAGUGAUUCUGUACA